CACAAUUUGUGGUUCGUUGUCGUUUCGUUUUGAGUUUCUUUUUGUAAUCAAAUUUGAUUCGAAACAAUACUUUCAUAAGUAGAUAUGAAAAAUAACGUUUUAUGCACCAGAAAAGUGUGGGGUUGAGAUUAGUAUAAGAAUUUAAAUCUCCACGAUGGAUGCUCCUUCAAUGGACACUGUUUACCAGGCGAUCAGCGCUCUAUACGAUGGCCCAAAUGGAAAUGAAAUUGAGAAGGCUUCGCUAUGGCUCGCUGAUGUACAGAAAUCCAUCCACUCAUGGAAGAUUGCCGACGAGUUGUUGCAGCAAAAAAAGGACUUCAAUUCCUGUUAUUUCGCGGCACAAACGAUGAGAGCGAAAAUUCAGCACAACCUUUCAGAGCUACCAGCAGAAUCUCAUGUACCACUUCGUGACACUCUGAUAGCUCACCUGGAGCGCACGACUCCGGACACCACAUCUUCAAUUCUCACGCAGCUUAGCUUGGCAUUGGCGGAUCUUGCCCUCCAAAUGCCAUCUUGGCAAGACUGCAUAAGUGACCUCAUAAAAUUAUUUUCAAACAAAGAAUAUCUACUAUUGGAGAUUUUGACAUUGCUACCUCAGGAAAUUGACUCCUCGAAUUUAAAAUUGGGUGAAAAUCGCAGAGAAGACAUAAAAUCCCAGCUCCGUUUGAAUUCACAGACAGUAAUGUUAUUUCUUAAACAGUGUCUGAAUAAUUCACAAGGUAGUACAAAUGUGGGCUUAAAAUCUAUAAAGUGCAUGACGUCAUGGCUGCAAGUCCGAGCAGUGAACUUACAUGAGAUACCCCAGAACACUGUCAUAGGAUAUAGCUUACAAGUUUUGAGAGACCAUAAUUCUAUCAACACAUUGCAUGAUGCUUCUUCUGAUUGUAUAUGUGCACUAUUACAAUGCUUAGAAGAAGUUAAUGACCAUGAAAAUAUAGACAGGUUGCUAUUUGACAGUGUGGUGGCAUUAGAAGAAAGCUACCACUUGGCUGUUGCUCAUGAGGAAGAGGAAAAAGUGUCCAAUUACGCCAGAGUGUUCACAGAACUAGCUGAAUCAUUUCUGAUGAAAAUAAUUGAUUGUACUGAUAAUGGAAAUACACAUUUUGCAAUGAAAUCAUUAGAAUUAGCUUUAGUUUGUGUUGGAUAUCAUGACUAUGAGGUGGCAGAAAUAACAUUUAAUUUAUGGUACAGAUUAUCAGAGGAAGUGUACAGGAGAGAUCACCAACCAUUGACAGAUGCAUUUAAACCUCAUAUAGAGAGGUUGAUCGAAGCUUUGGCAAGGCAUUGUCAAUGUGAACCUGACUUGACACAAUUGCCAGACGAAACUGAUGAUUUUUAUGAAUUCCGUCAAAAAGUGAUGAGUCUGAUCAAGGAUGUGGUGUUCAUAGUGGGAUCAAGUUCAGUUUUCAGACAAAUGUUUGCUGCAUUACAAUCUAACAUUUCAUGGGAACAGACAGAAGCUGCUCUCUUCGUUAUGCAGUCUGUUGCUAGAAAUAUCUUACCGGAUGAAUACGAAUACGUGCCGAAGGUGGUGGAAGCGAUACUGUCGAUGCCUUCCAGCAGCCACCUGGGCGUGCGCGCCACGUGCAUCCUGCUGCUGGGCGAGCUGGCGGACUGGGUGGAGCGGCACGCGGCGUCGUGCCUGGCGCCCUGCGUGGCCAUGCUGCUAGCCGCCCUGCCGCAGCCCCGGCUGGCGCUGCCCGCCGCCACCGCGCUGCAGAACAUCUGCAAGGCGUGUCCCGGCGGAGCGGCCGAGCACAUCGGCAAGCUGCUGGGCGCCGUGCAGGCGCUGGACCAGCUCGCCGCGCCGCCGCCCGCCGCCGCCGCGCUCAUGCGGGCCGUCGCGCCAGUCGUGGCCAGCCUGCCGCCCGACCAGAUGAGCGCAGCCCUCUGCGAAGCGUCAGCGCCCCAACUGGAGGGUCUCCGUCGGCUGUGCUCGGCUCGGCAGCCCAUCAAGCGCGGCACCACGUCCGACCCCGUGCUGUACCUCGACCGGCUCGCCGCGCUGUACCGCGACCUCACGCUCUCCGCCGACCUCAAAAACGUCGCGGCGUCCGAAACGCACCCCUGUCUGCCGGCGCUCACCGAGGCGUGGCCCGUGCUCAUCGACGUCAUGGACAAGUUCGGCGGCGAGGAGCGCGUGAUGGAGCGCGUGUGCCGGGCGGCGCGGUUCGGCGUGCGGGCGGCGCGCGGGGCGGGCGCGGCGCUGCUGCCGGCGCUGUGCGGCGCGCUGGCGCAGCUGUACCCGCGGCACGCGCACUCGUGCGUGCUGUACCUGUGCUCCGUGCUGGUGGACGAGCUGGCGGCGCGGCCGGGCUGCGCGGCGGCGCUGGCGGGGCUGCUGGCCGACCUGCUGCCGCCCGCCUUCGCGCUGCUGCAGCGGGACCACGGCUUCAGGGACCACCCCGACACCGUCGACGAUCUGUUCCGGCUCUUCAUCAGGUUCCUGCAGCGCAUGCCGGUGCAGCUGCUGUCGUGCGGCGUGAUGGGCAGCAUCCUGCAGUGCGCGUGCUCCGCCGCCGCGCUCGACCACCGCGACGCCAGCGCCUCGCUCAUGAACUUCCUCGCGGACUUCGCGCGCCUCGCCAACACCGCGCACCCCGACACCGCCGAGGCGCAGCACGCCAAGGCGCUGGCCGAGGAGCUGGUGGUGACGUACGGCGGCGCGCUGACGGCGGCCGUGCUGGAGGCCAGCGUGCUGCACCUGCACCGCGGGCUGGUGCCCGGCGCCGCCGACGUGCUGCUGGAGCUGGCGCGCGCGGAGAGGCGGCACGGCGCCGCGUGGCUGGGGGCCGCCGUGCGCCAGCUGCCCGCGCGACACACCGCCGCCGCCACGCUGCUGCAGGCGCAGCACUUCCACAACACGGCGCGCAGUACGGAAAAAUCCAAGGAAAUGACAAAACUGCUGCGCGACUUCGCGAAACUCUACCGAUGAGACCCCCCCCCGGCCCGCCCCCGCGCAUUGAGCUACAACGUGAGUGCUCCUGAGUCUGUAAUCGUUCACCGAUGUACAUCUAGCCGCUGCAGUAGUAUUGUGUAAUUGUAUAGUUAGUUCCGAGGCCGCAGACAAGCGCUGAGGUUGUGUGCGCGUGUUGUCUGCAGCGCCGGGAUAUCUACUAUCUAUCUAUCUAUCUACUACUAAUGUUGUGAGUGCGAGUGUUGCGAGACCACGUUCCCCUGAAUAGUUCGCAACACAGUUAGUGAGCUCACGGCGCCUCCGCCACUGAGCACCGCGAGGGCUGCGGAGUCACAGGGAGAAUGAAGGCAGCCCACUUCUACAAUAGAACAUGAACAGAGCCCGAGAUACGUGAGGGUGUGGCUCAGCACGACUGCCCGACGACUGAUUAGUUCUGGAAACGGCUCUGAUUUCAGUCUCCAAGUCUCUGUGUCUUUUUGUAUAACUUUUUUAUCUAUUUUGACUCAUCGGUGACGGUUCGUACAAAAUGUGUUUCACUUUUCAAUAUCCAUUCUGCAGCCAUAUCUUGAUUACGGUUCUUGUUUUCAAAAAAUUAUAUUUAUACAAAUACAUAACAGAAUUUUUAUUUAUUUGCAUUAAUAAUAAAAUAAACGAGCAUAUCUCUUUCAAAAAAUAUAAAUGUCUAUU